AUGCUAGGAUAUGAACAUUUAACACCAGGCCCACCGCGAGCGCGCACUGCGGCCCCAACUGUUUAUUGCUAUAUUUGUGGAAGGCAAUUUGGUUCGGCUAGUAUUGGCAUACAUCAACCACAAUGUCUUAAAAAGUGGCACAUACAAAAUGAAAAAUUGCCCAAAUCUCAGCGUCGACCUGAGCCCAAACCUCCAGAAAUUGUGCGAGACGAAGCUACCAACCAAGCUGCUUACGAUGCAUCACUCGCACAACUCAUUCCUUGCGAGAACUGUGGUAGAAAAUUUGCACCUGAUAGAUUACCCGUCCAUUUGAGAAGCUGCACAAAGGAACACCCAGCUAAGCGAGUACUAGAAGAAUACAAAACUGUACAAAAAGCUGCGACAAAAAUUAGUGUUAAAAAACAAAAUGUGAAGAAUUAA